UUUGAGUCGGAUGCCAUGGAUAUAUUCCAUCCAGAGCAUUUUGAGACCUGCUCUAACGAGACCGCCCUGGUGGCCCCAAUCUAUGAUAUCAGUCGACAGCGAUAUGUGUUGUUCAUUAAUAAGACGCUGGCCUCCAUCAUUAUGAACUCUACCGAGGUGGAGUACAAUUGCUAUUAUCAGGAGAUAACACGCGACAGGGAGCACGACAGCUAUGACAAGUUGGAGCGAAAAUACUUUACGCAGAACUACGAGGUGCCGUUGCAUGUUCAGGGCCUGAUCUUGGCCUGUCAUCGUCUUGGCAACGAGUCUGAUAUUCUGCAGAGCGAUGCCUAUAGCCUCAUUCAAUAUAGGCCACCUCCCAAAGGACUCUCGAUGGAACCGUCUAAACGGAAGCCUAGUGUCUUAAUGUUCGGAAUAGACUCUUUGUCGCGAAUCAAUUUACGUCGAACCAUGCCCAAGGUAUACAGGUUUUUAACGAAAGCCGGUUGGUUCGAGCUGCAGGGAUACAAUAAGAUAGGUGACAACACUUUUCCAAACCUGCUAGCCCUUUUGACGGGUUACAAUCCAGACUCGGCCUUAAAAAGGAUCUGCGACUGGCACGAGAAGGGAUGCCUGGACAGGACCCCCUUUAUUUGGAAGUACCUUCACAAUGCCAGCUAUCUCACCGCCUAUGCUGAGGACGAAAGUGGCAUACACACAUUCAACUACUUGAAGCCCGGCUUUUUGGAACAACCCACCGACUAUUACCUCAGGCCCUUUCAGAAGGCCUUUGAGAAGGGCCUGUCCAACUGGAAAUGCAAAGACUGCUCAAUGAGAUACUGCAUUGGUCGACGGAUUACCAGCAGCUACGCCUAUGAUAUGGCCAGAGAUUUCGCCCGGCGUUUUGUGGACAAGCGUCCCAUUUGGGGUCUCUUCUGGUCGAAUAGCUUUAGUCACGAUAGCUUUCAGAUGCCCUCAAAAAUGGAGGACUAUGUGCUGCAGUACUUGCUUGAUUUCGAGAAAGAUGGUGUAUUCGAUCAGAGUAUUAUGAUAUUCCUCUCGGAUCAUGGAUCGCGUUAUGGAAGACUCAUGUCUCUGCCCAGUGGGUUCCUGGAGGAACGACUACCCUCGAUGUUUAUUUACUUGCCGCCCUGGUUUCGGGCUCAAUACCCGGAAUAUGUGAGGGCCCUGCAGUUGAAUAAAAACCGCCUGACCUCCACCUACGAUCUGCACAAUACCCUGAAGCACAUCAUCGAACUGGGCGGAACUCCAGAUGGUCCCGAACUUCCCAAAGCUGCCGACUGCCCCAAGUGCCAGUCCGUUUUCCUUCCCAUCGACGAGUCGAGGACGUGUGAGGAUGCUGGAAUACCAGAGCACUACUGCACCUGUGUGCCUUAUAAAAGACUAAGGGUGGAUUGGGCAAAGCGUAUUGCCCCCCUGGUAGUCGGUCGAAUCAACGAGUAUUUGACCAGCAGGAAUCUCAGUGGCAUUUGUUCGGAGCUGACUUUGCGCUACAUACACGAGACAGAGAUGAAAAUCGAUCUGGAUCAGAACUUCCAUGAUGAUGUGCCCCUCAUAGAGGUCGCUACCUAUCGAACAAUGUUUAAGGUAAAGCAGAACUCCGCCGACUUUCGAGCCACCGUUCUGUUCAACAAUGUCACGGGAUCCGUGGAAGUCGAAGUGCCAACGAUCAGUCGGCUCGACAGUUAUGCAAAGGUUUCAACAUGUGUCGACGACAAAACCGAUAAGAUGUACUGCAUUUGCAAAAGUGAUAUCAAGGAAUAGAAUAGGUUUAGGGUCACAUUAUGCUGUUACUAUCUACAAUGUAGAUUCGACAUGUGUUUAUUUAGUUCUUACACAAAAUUAUUUGAUAACAAUUUUAGGGAUUUUUUAAGAUUAUAAGUAAAUUG